AUUUUUCAUAAGCCCAAAUAAAUCUAAAACCCUAAAUCCCAGAGAUUGUGGAAACUGGAAAACCCUCGCUCGUUUAUCUCGCUGAAGCUAGGCGAAGCGAAGCGCCCGUUUUCAAAAAUGGCGUCCUUAAUCUCAGAGACAAGCCAAAAAAUCUUCACCUCCGAGACACUCCGUGCUGCAGCCAAACAGUCUGAACGUUGCCUCGUCGUUCCCGUUCGCCUUCGCCGUGCCAUCAAGAAGUACCUCCGAGAGCAAGAGGACCCUUAUAUGCGAAGAAAAGUGUUGCGGUUAUCUCAGUCUUUUAGCGAUAUUAAAGAUGUGAAUCUGCAACUCGUGGCUGAGACUUCAAAAGAGCUCGUUGCGGAUCCUCUUAAGUCGAUGGAGCAAUCACAGAGAUGGAAAAUCAAGAGUGCUUAUGGUGAUAUCGGUCUCACUUAUAGAGAUGACGAGACCGUUGCUUAUGUUGCUUCCAGGAUGCCCUCUGUUUACUCUGCUUGUUAUAGGGUCCUUAGUGAGGUGAGGAGAAGGCUACCAGGUUUCUCUCCAACGAAAGUUUUGGAUUUUGGUGCUGGUACUGGUUCAGCUUUCUGGGCAAUGAGAGAAGUGUGGCCUAAAUCUGUGGAGAAAUUAAACAUAGUGGAACCAUCUCAAUCUAUGCAGCGUGCAGGUCGAAGUCUUGUACAAGACCUGAAGAACUUGCCGCUUAUUCAUGGCUAUACUAGCCUUCAAGCAUUAACAAAAGAAGUUCAAAAGUCUGAGAGGCAACAUGACCUUGUAAUUGCUUCUUAUGUGCUUGGAGAGAUACCAUCAUUGAAGGACCGAAUUACAAUAGUGCGCCAACUUUGGAAUCUUACACAGGAUGUCCUGGUCUUAGUAGAACCAGGAACACCGCAUGGAUCUAAUAUUAUAUCCCAGAUGCGAUCUCACAUAUUGUGGAUGGAAAAAAGAAAAUUCCGUAAAGCCAAGGUGAACAAGGAAGAUUCUAAGGACCUUAUCGAUCUUAGAAGUGGUGCAUUCAUUGUUGCUCCUUGCCCUCAUGAUGGGCGUUGUCCAUUGGAGAAAUCCUCGAAAUACUGUCAUUUUGUUCAACGUUUGCAGAGGACAACUUCACAGCGUGCAUACAAGCGCUCCAAGGGCGAUCCUUUACGUGGCUUUGAAGAUGAAAAAUUUUCUUUCAUUGCUUUCAGAAGAGGACAACGACCUCGGGACCCUUGGCCUCUGGAUGGUAUGAAAUUUGAGACUUUGAAAGAGCAGCGUGCUAAGAGAAAUCCUGAAGAUUUCGAGAUCGACUAUGAGGAUCUAGUUGAUGCAGAAGAAACUUCUGAUAUGAUCCCAUAUGAAGAAGUGGAUCCAAGUGCCUACGACUCCGAUGUUAUGGAAACCGAUAACAUCAUAGAUAAUGACGAAGAUCAAGAAGAAACCGUUAAUGCUAAUCUUGGUGGUGGUUGGGGAAGGAUCGUCUUCCCCCCUGUUCGACGAGGCCGACAGGUUCACAUGAAUAUUUGUCGAUCAACCAAUCCAGACGCCUCAGAAGGUUCAUUUGACCAUGAGGUUAUCACACAAACUAAGAACCCAACGUUGCAUCUUCAAGCCCGAAAGUCUUUCUGGGGGGACUUAUGGCCCUCGGGAAGGAAUGUAACAACUGCAACCUCGUGAUCACACCAAUGUUAAAGACUAUAUAUUUAUUAAUAUAGAAACGUUUGAGUUAAUAAUAUUUGCAUGUGAGCUUCUUCUUCCA